GCCCGACCUGAUCGACUUCGACAAGCUGAAGAAAUCCAACGCUCACUACAACCUACAGAAUGCCUUCAACCUGGCUGAGCAGCACCUCGGGCUCACCAAGCUGCUGGACCCUGAAGACAUCAGCGUGGACCACCCUGAUGAGAAGUCCAUCAUCACCUACGUGGUCACCUACUAUCACUACUUCUCCAAGAUGAAGGCGCUGAAGGUGGAGGGGAAGAGAAUCGGAAAGGUUCUGGAUAAUGCCAUUGAGACGGAGAAGAUGAUUGAGAAGUACGAGUCUCUGGCGUCUGACCUGCUGGAGUGGAUCGAGCAGACCAUCAUCAUCCUCAACAACAGGAAGUUCGCCAACUCUCUGGUGGGAGUCCAGCAGCAGCUGCAGGCCUUCAACACGUACCGAACUGUGGAGAAACCACCCAAGUUUACAGAAAAAGGAAACCUGGAGGUCCUUUUGUUCACCAUCCAGAGUAAAAUGAGAGCAAACAAUCAGAAGGUUUACACUCCUCGAGAGGGAAAACUCAUCUCUGACAUCAACAAGGCAUGGGAGCGCCUGGAGAAGGCGGAGCACGAGCGAGAGCUGGCGUUGAGGACGGAGCUGAUUCGCCAAGAGAAACUGGAGCAACUCGCUCGCAGAUUUGACCGUAAAGCCGCCAUGAGAGAGACGUGGCUGAGCGAGAACCAGAGGCUGGUCUCACAGGAUAAUUUUGGAUUUGACCUGCAGGCCGUUGAAGCUGCCACCAAAAAACAUGAAGCCAUAGAAACAGACAUAGCAGCCUAUGAGGAGCGGGUUCAGGCAGUUGUUUCUGUGGCGAAGGAGCUGGAGGCGGAGAGUUACCACGACAUCAAGCGCAUCACGGCCAGGAAGGACAACGUGAUCCGGCUGUGGGAGUACCUGCUGGAGCUGCUGAAGGCCCGCAGACAGAGGCUGGAGCUGAACCUGGGUCUGCAGAGGGUCUUCCAGGAAAUGCUCUACAUCAUGGACUGGAUGGACGAGAUGAAGAUGCUGCUGCUCUCUCAGGAUUAUGGGAAACACCUGCUGGGCGUGGAGGACCUGCUGCAGAAACACGCCUUGGUGGAGGCCGACAUCGGCAUCCAGGUGGACCGAGUCCGCAACGUCAACAGCAACGCUCAGAGAUUCGCCACAGACACAGACGGUUAUAAACCCUGUGACCCUCAGAUCAUCAGGGACCGCGUGGCUCACCUGGAGUUCUGCUACCAGGAGUUGACCCAGCUGGCAGCCGAGCGCAGAGCUCGCCUGGAGGAGUCCCGGCGCCUCUGGAAGUUCUUCUGGGAGAUGGCUGAAGAGGAGGGUUGGAUCAGAGAGAAGGAGCAGAUCCUCUCCUCCGAGGAUUAUGGGAAGGAUCUGACAGGUGCCGUGCGGCUGCUGAGUCAGCACAAAGCCUUCGAAGACGAGAUGAGCGGGCGAGCCGCCCACCUGCAGCAGACCAUCAAACAGGGCGAGGAGCUGGUGGCCGACAACCACUUCGGAGCCGAGAAGAUCAAAGAACGGAUUCAGGACAUCCAGGAGCAGUGGGCGGCUCUGGAGCGGCUCUCUGCUGUCCGUAAAGCUCGUCUUCAGGAGGCCUGCAACCAGCACCAGUUCCAGGCUGAUGCUGACGACAUCGACACCUGGAUGUUGGACGUUCUGCGGAUCGUCUCCAGCGUGGACGUCGGCCAUGAUGAGUUCUCCACCCAGGCUCUGGUGAAGAAACACAAAGAUGUCGCCGAGGAGAUUGGGAGCUACCGACCCGUCAUCGAGGCGCUCCACGAUCAGGCCCGGACGCUGCCGCCGGAGAAGGCAGACUCUGAGGAGGUCCAGACCCGGCUGGCGGGCAUCGAGGAGCGUUACAAGGAGGUGGCGGAGCUGACCCGGCUCAGGAAGCAGGCUCUGCAGGACGCCCUGGCGCUCUACAAGAUGCUGAGCGAAGCCAGCGCCUGUGAGCUGUGGAUCGAUGAGAAGGAGCAGUGGCUCAACAGCAUGGAGAUCCCCGAGAAACUAGAGGACCUGGAGGUCAUCCAGCACCGGUUUGAGAGUCUGGAGCCAGAGAUGAACAGCCAGGCGUCCCGGGUCGCCGUGGUCAACCAGGUGGCCCGGCAGCUCAUCCACUGCGGACAUCCCAGUGAGAAGGAGAUCAAAGCUCAGCAGGACAAACUCAACACCAGGUGGAGUCAGUUCAGAGACCUGGUGGACCAGAAGAAGGAGAACCUGAACUCUGCUCUGGGAGUCCAGAACUACCACCUGGAGUGUAACGAGACCAAGUCCUGGAUUAAAGAGAAGACCAAGGUGAUCGAUUCCACCCAGGAGCUGGGGAAUGACCUGGCUGGCGUCAUGGCCCUGCAGAGGAAGCUGACCGGGAUGGAGCGAGACCUGGUGGCCAUCGAAGACAAGCUGAGCGACCUGGGCAAAGAGGCCGAGCGGUUAGCCUCCGAACACCCGGAGCAGUCCGAGGCAAUCAGAGGACGUCUGGCUGAGAUCACAGGCGUCUGUGGGGACAUGAAGGACUCGUUGAAGAACCGUGAGGAGUCCCUGGGCGAGGCCAGCAAGCUGCAGCAGUUCCUCCGCGACCUGGACGACUUCCAGUCGUGGCUGUCUCGCACCCAGACGGCCAUCGCCUCCGAGGACAUGCCCAACACGCUGGCCGAGGCCGAGAAGCUGCUGGCUCAGCACGAGGGCAUCAAGAACGAGAUCCGCAACUACGAGGAGGACUACCAGAAGAUGCGGGACAUGGGUGAGAUGGUGACGCAGGGCCAGACGGACGCGCAGUACAUGUUCCUGCGGCAGCGGCUGCAGGCGCUCGACACGGGCUGGAACGAGCUGCACAAGAUGUGGGAGAACCGCCAGAGCCUACUGUCCCAGUCCCACGCCUACCAGCUGUUCCUGAGGGACACCAAGCAGGCCGAGGCCUUCCUCAACAACCAGGAGUACGUCCUGGCUCACACAGAGAUGCCCACCACCCUGGAGGGGGCGGAGGCCGCCAUCAAGAAGCAGGAGGACUUCAUGACCACCAUGGAUGCCAACGAGGAGAAGAUCAGCGGCGUGGUUGACACCGGGCGCCGCCUGGUCGCUGACGGCAACGUCAACGCCGAGCGCAUCCAAGAGAAGGUGGACUCCAUCGACCAGAGACGCAAGAAGAACCGACAGGCUGCCAACGACCUGCUGUCGAGGCUGAAGGACAACAGAGACCUGCAGAAGUUCCUGCAGGACUGUCAGGAGUUGAACCUGUGGAUCAACGAGAAGAUGCUGACGGCUCAGGACAUGUCCUACGACGAGGCCAGGAACCUGCACAGCAAGUGGCUCAAACACCAGGCCUUCAUGGCCGAGCUGCAGUCCAACAAGGAGUGGCUCGACAAGAUUGAUAAGGACGGCCAGACGCUGAUGACGGAGAAGCCCGACACGGAGGCCAUGGUGAAAGAGAAGCUGGCGUCCCUGAAGACGAUGUGGAACGACCUGGAGUCCACCACCCAGACCAAAGCCAAGUGUCUGUUUGACGCCAACAAGGCGGAGCUGUUCACUCAGAGCUGCGCUGACCUCGACAAGUGGCUGACCACCCUGGAUGGACAGCUGCAGUCUGACGACUACGGCAAAGACCUCACCUCCGUCAACAUCUUGUUGAAGAAGCAGCAGAUGCUGGAGAGCCAGGUGGACGUGCGUCAGAAGGAGGUGGAGGAGCUGCAGAAACAGUCCCAAGCCCUCAGCCAGGAGGGGAAAGGCUCGGACGAGGUGGACGGCCAGAGGAUCAGCGUGGAGAAGAAGUUCCACGGCCUCCAGGCACCGCUGCAGAAGAGGCGGGAGAACCUGAUGGCCUCUCGCGAGAUCCACCAGUUCAACAGAGACGUGGAGGAUGAGAUUCUUUGGGUGGAGGAGAGGAUGCCUCUGGCCACAUCUACGGACCACGGACACAACCUGCAGACAGUCCAGCUGCUCAUCAAGAAGAACCAGACUCUGCAGAAGGAGAUCCAGGGCCACCAGCCUCGAUACGACGACAUCUUUGAGCGCAGCCAGCACAUCCUGAGGGAGGGCAGCCCCACGGCCGAGCUGAUCCGCCACCGGCUCACUGACCUCCAGUCUCUGUGGGAGCAGAUCAAGAAGGAGACAGAGAAACGGCACUCUCGCCUGAGCGAGGCCCACGAGGCCCAGCAGUAUUACUUUGAUGCUGCCGAGGCCGAGGCGUGGAUGAGCGAACAGGAGCUCUACAUGAUGUCAGAGGAGAAGGCCAAGGACGAGCAGAGUUCAGUAGCCAUGCUGAAGAAGCAUCAGAUCCUGGAGCAGGCGGUGGAGGACUACGCUGACACUGUCCACCAGCUGUCCAGCACAAGCCGUGGCCUGGUGGCUGCCGGACACCCUGACAGCGAGCGCAUCGGCAUGCGUCAGUCUCAGGUGGAUAAGCUGUACGCAGGCCUGAAGGAUCUGUCUGAGGAGCGCCGGGGGAAGCUGGACGAGCGUUUCCGACUCUUCCAGCUGAAUCGGGAGGUGGAUGACUUGGAGCAGUGGAUUGCUGAGAGGGAGGUGGUGGCUGGAUCUCACGAGCUCGGACAGGACUACGAGCACGUCACUAUGCUUCAGGAGCGUUUCAGAGAAUUUGCCCGCGACACAGGAAACAUCGGCCAGGAGCGUGUGGACGGUGUCAACCGGCUGGCAGACGAACUGAUCAACUCGGGCCACGGCGACGCCGCCACCAUCGCCGAGUGGAAGGACGGCCUGAACGAGGCCUGGGCCGACCUGCUGGAGCUCAUCGACACGCGCACGCAGAUCCUCGCAGCCUCCUACGAGCUCCACAAGUUCUACCACGACGCCAAGGAGAUCCUCAACCGCAUCCUGGACAAACACAAGAAGCUCCCAGAGGAGCUGGGCCGGGACCAGAACACCGUGGAGACCCUGCAGAGGAUGCACACCACCUUCGAGCACGACAUCCAGGCUCUGGGAACGCAGGUCCGGCAGCUUCAAGAAGAUGCUGUUCGCCUGCAGUCAGCAUACGCAGGAGACAAAGCUGACGAUAUUCAGAAGCGAGAGGGAGAGGUCCUGGAGGCCUGGAAGAACCUGCUGGAGGCGGCGGAGGGUCGGCGAGUGAAGCUGGCCGACACCGGAGACAAGUUCCGCUUCUUCAGCAUGGUGCGCGACCUGAUGCUGUGGAUGGAGGACGUGAUCCGGCUGAUCGAGGCCCAGGAGAAGCCCAGAGAUGUGUCGUCAGUGGAGCUGCUGAUGAACAACCACCAGGGCAUCAAGGCAGAGAUUGACGCUCGUAACGACAGCUUCACUGUCUGCAUCGAGCUGGGGAAAGCACUGCUGGCCCGGAAACACUACGCUUCAGAGGAGAUUAAAGAAAAGUUGUUACAGUUGACAGACAAGAGGAAAGAGAUGAUUGACAAGUGGGAGAACAGAUGGGAGUGGCUUCGACUGGUCUUGGAGGUGCACCAGUUCUCCCGUGACGCGGGCGUGGCCGAGGCGUGGCUUCUGGGUCAGGAGCCGUACCUGUCCAGCAGGGAAAUCGGGCAGAACGUGGACGAGGUGGAGAAGCUCAUCAAACGCCACGAGGCCUUCGAGAAGUCGGCCGCCACUUGGGAGGAGCGCUUCUCUGCGCUGGAGCGGCUGACCACGAUGGAGUUGCUGGAAGUGAGAAGAAGGCAAGAGGAGGAAGAGAGAAAGAGGCAACCAGCAGAGGCUGCUGACGCUGCAGCUCAGCACAGAGAGGGCGAGCCUGUGUCCCAGAACGGGCUGCCAUCUGAGCAGGAGUCUCCCAGGGAGGCCGUGGACGGGUCCGACGUGGUGAACGGGGUGUCAGAGCCCAGUCCAUCAGGGUCUCCUGGGGCGUCACGUAAAGCCAAGCCCAGCCAGGCAGCGACCCUGCCGGCUAAAACCCAACAGGACGCCCCGACGUCUCUGCUGGAGAGCUUCCUGCACCGCAAGCAUGAGUGGGAGGGCCACAACAAGAAGGCUUCCAACAGGUCGUGGCACAACGUGUACUGUGUGAUCAACCACCAGGAGAUGGGCUUCUACAAGGAUCAGAAGAGCGCCAGUCAGGGCAUCCCCUACCACAGCGAGAUCCCUGUCAGCCUGAAGGACGCUGUGUGUGAGGUGGCUGUGGAUUACAAGAAGAAGAAGCACGUCUUUAAGCUCAAGAUCACAGACGGCAACGAGUAUCUCUUCCAAGCCAAAGAUGAUGAGGAGAUGAACACCUGGAUCUCUAAGAUCUCCGCCGCCAUGGCGGGUGAGAAGCCCGAGGUCACGCCCAGCAGCCACAGCACGCCGGCCCCUGCUCCCGCCCCCCGCGCCCAGACGCUGCCCGCCUCCGUGGCGGCGGCGACGACGACGGCUGCGGAGUCGAGCCCCGGCAAACGAGAGAAAGACAAGGAGAAGCGCUUCAGUCUGUUCAGCAAGAAGAAAUAGACGCUCGUCUUUAGCUCGGUCUCUCUGUGGUGCUGUUUGGGGUCAUCCCUCGUUAUCAGUCGAUCUUUGGUUUGAUCUUUGAAGAUGUCAAUCAGCCAAACAAUCGAUUUAAAGUCAUAGCAACUGAUCAUAGCAAAAAAUUAUUAGAAUAAGUGCUCAGAAUGUAGACGCAUUUAUUUAAUCCAAAAUUUAAUCUUGAAUUAACCGAAAACAUUAAAGAAAAGCAGAGUUUUUAACAUGUAACCAACGUUUCCUUCAGCUUCCUGCAGAAACACAGUUGCUAUGUCUGAUCGAAUCCCAAACAGCCCCUCCCCCUCCCCCCCCUUCUUUCCUCCACCUCCUUUUUUCCUCUCAAAGCGUGACUCCAGCAUGCAAGCUCCGAGCCAAAACUCUCCACUCUGUGCCUAGCAACCGUCCGGUCGGCUCAGAGCUUCGGAUCAGCUCCAACACCCGAGACCUCGGUUCAGUUUCUGUAAGAUCCGGAGCGGAUUGUAACGUUAACGCUUCAGGCAGCUGCAGUCGAACAAAGUAAAACCCGAGUUUGAUGCUGAACAACAACGAGCAGAGGAGUUCCCAGAUAGUCCUAGUUAUUACCCGUUUGUUUGGUUUUUGUUCAGUUCUGCCUCUUCUGUGGGUCGUGUUUAUCUUCCCCACUAGUUUAUUUCAGUUUUUUUUUAAGUUGUAGUUACUUCCUGUUUGGGUCCAUCCUCUGUAGUGUUUUUUUCCCCCCCUGAGGUCUUGUCUUUGCAAGCUGACGUGUAUCCCUCUGUAGUGGGGAAAACUGAAACCACAGCGGGGUAAUCCUCUGAAUUUACACCUGAAACCUGCAGGAAAACCUUCCAAUCCAAACAUGUAAAGUGAGAUGUCUUUGUGCACUGAAUAAUUCUGCUUUUCUCUUGGUUUCAUUUUUGUGCAAAAGGAAGAAAAAAAAUACAGCGAAAAGUCAAACAAUCAUUCUUGUUCCGCUCGGCUCUGUGUAAUUCCUGGAGCAUCUGAGAGGGAACAAACAGGAAGUGGUUGCUGUUGUUUGGAGCGUUACCCUGCCGUGCUUUGAACUGUAUGUAUAACUUGUGUAUAACAAACUGUUAAAAAUAAACCUGUGUUUAAGUUCCUCAGUUAUUGCAACUAAUAAUAAGCUUCAAUGAGUUAAACUUACUUUCUGUGAAAACACUUAAUGAGUCUGAAUGAAGGAGCAUUAACAGCUUUAGGAAUGUUUAAUGAAUUUUCCACCAAUCAGUGAGGUUCCUUUUUUUAAUUAUUUGUUUCUUUAUAUCUCUGAAACAUUAAACUUAGCCCUUUAGUUCCUGGAAGGUGUUUUUGUUUUGUGAUCCACAGUUUAAGCUGAUUCUAAGGUUCUGUUUAGUCUGACGAGUAUGAAGGCGUAGAUGUUCUAUUAAAGCAAAAAUAACUAAACGUUGCUGUUAAGUGAACGGUUUUGAUUCUUAAAAAUGUAAUUUUCUGGAAAUGUUGCAGAAUAAUGGUCGCUUGCUUGUUGGCUUCAGCUCUCCGUCGUUGAGAUUUCAGACGUUUUUGCCGCUGAUGAACUUUGCCGUGAAAAUCUGUUGUGUGGAUGCUUUUUGUACGGAAGUCCAUUAGUGACAGAAUUCAGCAAACUCAAAUUUGAGCUGUUGUGUUUAUUUCUGCAGGAACAAACCACAUUUUACUAUUAGUCAUAUAAACCGCAAGAUACCGUGACCAAUAGCUGAUGAGAAAAAUGCAGUUUAAUUUUUCAUUUCUUUUAUUGCCCAAAAACAUUUGAUUUCAUUUCUACACCUAAUCAUGUUUGGUUUAACCAAAUGUUUCUUUUGCUCAUAUGAAAUAAAGUGGAGGGAAACCUAUUAGCUGAUCAGGGUUAUAAUGUUAUGGUACAACUCAUUAAUGAUAAAGAUCUGAUUUGGAGCAAUAAUUCUUCUAUAAUGCACGUCUCCUGAUGCCAAACUUUUCAAUUAACACUUCAUAAGUUGUAAGCAGCACUAAUUGGCUGUGAUGGCUAUCUUAAAUUAGGCUAAAUUCAAAAGAGUAUAAGUUAUGAUUCUGCAUCUAUUGAGUUUUUUUUUAAUUCAUCCUGUAAUUUGUGAAAUACAUUGCUAACACACUGACGAAUGAGCUCACGCAGGUAAUUACACAAUAGGCUGUUUUUAUGGCAGCAAAUGCGGAACAUUUUAAAAUGUUUUUGCUGUACUCUCUGUCUCUACGAUGUGAGCAAAAAUAAUCAGUUUUGAAAUCGUCACCCAGACACUAAAAAGAACAAAGGAAAAGCUUGUUUUCCAAAUGAAUUAUAAAGUUUUCACAACAAUUUGUGAGAGUGUUUUUUUUUUAAAUAAAGCAAGCUGUAGGGAACAACUUUUGGAACCACGGACUUAAGGCUGAUCCUUUUACGGCAGGCUUAAGCAAAAAACAAAAUUUAAUUAAACUCACUUUACCAGGUAAUGUUAGAACACGGCCUCGAUUUCAGCACAUAGAUUUAAGAACUGGAAAUAAAAAAAAGGUCUCUCCAGCUGGAUGUUUCUAAUAUAAACAGAUUUUCUCAGCCACCGCUUGAAUUUAUCUUUUGUAAUUUUGUCAUUAAUGGACUUCCGUAGCGCCAGAAAAAAGUGGAAGUGAAACGGCAGGAAUGAGCCUGAAGGUGAAAAGUAAAAAUGUUUUUCCCCGCAGUGAAGGGUGGUGGUGCCGCGGGGACUGCGUGGGUCGCCCUGCUCGAUUUUUACUUUAUUUUUUAAUGCUUCAAUCUCUGGCGAUUUGAUAACUAUAGUGUGCAUUUAUCUGUCACUGUAACCAUAGUAACACGAUAUUUCUUCAUAUUGCACAAUCAACGAUGCCACGAUGGGGGAGGGGAGGUUAGGAUGGGGGUGGGGUUUAUAGGUGGACCAGGGGGGUCACUGCUAGUUGGAUCUGCACCCGUAGAACUUCCCUCAUCUCUGUUACAUAUGUGCAAAAAGCCAUUAAAAUGCUUUUAAAACAAAA